AUUCCCUUGCCUACUAACAGGUCGUGCGGUAGUACUUACCUCGUCCAAGUUUGCAUACAUAGAUAUGCUGUGGCCUCUCGGUUUUCGUUUGUACUCAGUACAGGGAUAUCGUAUCCCCCUGCGCACCUGAUAUUCUCUCAUGUUUUUGAUAUAAGCCUCACGCCAUUUUUCUUAGAGGCCACAAGCGACUUUCAAGUUGUCGCAUCAGUUUGAAGCAAGCGGCUCUAAACAGGACUCGGGUGACGCUGCAGUUGUCUCUACUUUCCACGCUUUUUUUAGUUCCUUUUUACAACGCACCACGCGCACGCACCAGAAGACUACGUUGCAUUGUAAGUACUUAUGUAAAUUCCAGCAACUGGUGGCUUUCUAACUAGCACAAACAACAUGCCACUGCCGUGCUUCUCCUCGUGUGCUGGCAGCGCCACGGCCUCCUGUAAUGACACCGAACAGGCAUGGAUGCUCGCCGCCUGUGCCAGUGCCUACGCCGGGGUCGUUGCGAAAGACGGGGGGCCCUUCGGCUGCUCGAUUGUCAACUGGCGCACCAAUCGCUUGGUGUCCUGCGAGCACAACACGGUACUGCUGGAAAACAAUCCGACCCGGCACGGCGAGAUGAACGCGUUGCGUGUGGCCGCGAACCGAAUUUUUUCAUCAACUACGACGGGAAUAGACGCUGACUCACCAAUAGUGUGCGGCGAUGCAAAUAACAUGAACCCGACUACUUCAGCCGUCAGCGGGGAUGUAGUUGAUCCCGAUAUAAUUUUGAAAAACAGUACUACAAAAACGCCCUCCUACGACCUGUACACCACCGCGGAACCGUGUCCGAUGUGCCGCGGGGCGAUCGCGCGUGCGCCCUGGAUUCGCAAUGUGUAUGUGGGAGUGGACCGAGACACCGCUGCGGCUUUCGGCUUCAACGACAAGGCUUUCUACGACGAAAUGGACGGGGUACAAAAGUGGCUGGAUAAAAGACAAGCGGAGCAAGGGAAUAUUAAAGGCGGCCCGACCAGCAACGAUAAGGGGUCAUCGAGUCGUCUUGGAGUGAAUGCCGUCGAAAAUAAAUCAGAAGCAGCCGCAUCGCCAGAAGUGGACACUACUACUAAAGCUGAGGCUGAUGGUGCUACUAGUACCAAAAAUUCAACCGCAUCCCCAGCUCCUUCUAAAAAGCAGGACAGCAAGUUUCGGGGCAAGUUUUUGACCAUCGAAAUCGUGAAAAGCAACGAGGAGCUCCAAGGGAAGAAUUUAAAUUAUGCAAACGAAGAUAAGAAUAUUAACGCUAAAAAACACCACCACCACUCCAGUACGCACCCGUCGCUAGAUCCGGCACAAAUGCGAAGUAGCGUCGGGACCCCGGCGGUCGUGUUGAUUGUUGACGGGCAGGAGUUUCGGGCAGAGGAAGCGCUGCAGGUGGUCGGCUCAACAACAUCUCUGGAUGAACAUAAGGGCGAGGACCCAACCAUCUCCCCGAUAACGGCUUGCAUCGAGCUGGCCUGUGCGAAGUUGCAGAAGCACCACUUGCCGAAGGAAACGAGCGUGCUGCACUGCGCCUUCGAGAGGAGCGAGAUGUACCUGAACGAAAUGAGCAUUGCGGCGCUCUGUUGGGCAAACGUGGGAAGGGUCAAGCUGUACGAAGGCUUGGGGGCGGGGGCGAGUAGCACAGAACAAAAGCCUGCUAAUUUUACUGUGGAAACGAAACAAGCUCUUGCCACGCCCUCUGCAACUACGGGGAGUAGUACGACUACAACUGCUGCAGCCGUUGUAGAGCACGGCAGAGCAGAAGACGAACAGGCUCGCCCGGCUUCUCCAGUUCUUGAACUCGGAGCAGUCCAAAUGUCCGUUCUUGGUGAAGAUAAUGUUAAUAUCCCCGGAGUUUCAUCAUCUACUAGCGCCGCGCCACAGUCCACCACUGCUAUCUCGUCUGAGGUGAAGCAAAUAAGCAAUAGCGCCGAAGAACAGGACCCCUCGUCAAAAAAGCACCGUCACCACCAUCACCGGAAACACAAUUGCCACGAGGAGGCAAGCAAGGACCUUACGCGAAACCAGCCGAAAAUGAACAUUUUGAAAGACCAGUGCGCACAGGUAUUUAGGACGUGGAAGAAAGUGAAUGGAAUUGUCUACUGAAGGGUUGCGAUGUCGCGACAGAAGAUCUGUCGCACGCAUUUUUCAGAUGAUGUCGAAAAACAAAUAAAGAAUGCUUCGCCUUCUAGAGGAAUUUUAGAGUUUCCGAGUCAUACACAGUAGGACGAUGCGCCGGUAGUUCACGUUUUGAAAUUUUGAGUUUUUGAUAUUCUACCCAGAAGGACAGGUCAUUCAUAUAGUAUUUGGGAUUGCGGCAUGCAGGAAAUCCAAGUGUAUCUCGAGUGCGAGUUCCAGCGGUAAGUACUCAGUUAUUUCCCGUAUAUCAUGUUGUGCAUGUACAGUAAACGAGGAGAGUGUAGUUGUUCCUUUCCUCAUCUUUCUUCUCUGACGACGGUGUCUGUUGGACGUGCAAGUGUUUCAUGUGCGAAGCUUUCUGUUUUAUCACAUACUGGUGGCAACUUUUGCUUUAUCAAACACUACGCACUAUCAGACUGCUGUACUUCUCUCUGUCGGUGUAAGAACCGCUGCUGGAAAGAUUUCAACGAGAGGCCCAGACCUACGGGUUCUUUAUUUGUGAGAAGCUUGCCGCUGAGGAAAUUCAACAAAUUUCCGUCUUUUUUUCUGGUGUGCAUUGCUGCAGAGC